AUGCCCAAACUAGUAACUAAGGUUACCACAACCAAAAUUAAUUCCAUUAAAACACUGACCGAAAAACAACAAAGCUGUAGCACAGGAAGAAUAUCUGUCAACGAAAAAAAACGAUCUGGAACCGUUACUUUCGUAGCUGGAUCUAACCAACUCCUUUCUGGAGGAACCAGAUUUUCCGUCAGCAGACGUAUCUUGCACGCUAACUACAACCCAAGCACCAUCGCCAACGAUGUCGCUGUUGUCCAAUUAGGCAGCAACAUUGCGUUCACCACUGUUAUUCAACCAGUCUCUUUGACAACUUCCGUUGUUGGUGGAAACGUUGCCGUCACUCUCGCCGGUUGGGGUCGUUUGUCCCAAGGUGGUUCUAUCCCAAAUAACUUGCAAUUCUUGCACAAAUCGACCAUCACCAACGCCGUUUGCCAAUCCCGUGUCAGCCCCAACCCAAUCUUCGCCACCAGUCUUUGCACCACCACCCCAUCCGGACAAGGAGCUUGCCAUGGUGACUCUGGUGGCCCAUUGGUUCUCCGUGGAACUUUUACCCAAGCUGGUAUUGUCUCCUGGGGUAUCCCAUGCGGUCGUGGAUUCCCUGAUGUCUAUGCUAGAGUAUCAUCCUUCAUUGCCUGGAUCAACAACGCCAUCAGUUCUUAA